AUGAGAUCCACUCCAUCGCUUCCUGUUCGGGUACUGACCCAUAACAUCCGGUAUGCAACCAAUUCUCCUUUCAAGGGAGAAGUCCCCUGGGUUGAUCGAAGGCAAAAUCUCUUAAAUGAGCUCAAGUACCAUUCACGACACUGUGAUGAGACCUUCAUCUGUCUUCAAGAAGUUCUCCAUAACCAACUCGAGGAUAUUCGUGCCGAACUGAAUCCAUCAAAUGCUUCCUUGAAUCAAGAGUGGGAAUACAUCGGCGUUGGUCGGGAUGAUGGCCAUCAAGCCGGUGAAUACUCGCCAAUUUUCUAUCGGCCGUCAGUGUGGAGGCUUCAGUCCUGGGAGACGAUAUGGCUCUCUGAAACUCCCUCCAAGCCCUCCAAAAGCUGGGAUGCAGCCUCCAUACGCAUUGUCACCAUUGGCAUCUUCACUCAUCAUAAGACAGGUAAUACUGUCCUAGCUUUAAAUACGCACCUUGAUGACCAAGGAUCGAAGUCACGCCUCGAAGCUGCGCGCAUUAUUCUAUCCAAGAUUCAAUAUUACCAACAAGGACGAUUUGGAGGUCUGAUCUCGGGCGCAUUCUUAUCUGGGGAUUUGAAUAGUGAGGAGAAACAGGAAGCCUACUCAGAGCUGACAGGGAAAGGUGGACUAAAGGACACCUACAAGCUAGCUUCCAAUACGCUUCGAUAUGGAAACCACAACACUUUCACUGGAUUUGGAUAUGGGAAGGAGCCACAAAAGCGAAUUGACUUUAUUCUGUUGGUACCCGAGGGUAAUGAGCCUUGGAGAGUUGAUGGGUACUCGGUGAUUCCAAACCGGUUUGAUGAUGGUGUCUAUAAUUCCGAUCAUUGCGCAGUGAUUGCUGAUCUCACGCUGGUUGGCUAG